AUGAAAUACUUGAAAAUCCAUGAUUUGCUUAGAGAUGUUUGUAUGAGAGAAGCUCAAAAGGAGAGGUUUUAUCACGUGGUAGGGCAACAUAGUACUCAAGGCAUGUAUAUCAAAAAACGUGUAUUUGUUCCGAGAUGCACUUCAAUGGAGAAAGUCCUUCAUGCCAUGAAAUGGACAUUGAGAGCAUACGAUGCAGAGUUACCUAAUUUGGGGCAAAAUGGAAGGAACUACUGGAGAUGGGAAAUCCAUGAGUUGUUGAGAAAUCUUUGCUUAAGAGAAGCUGAAAAGGAGAGGUUUCAUGAUGUAGUAGGGCAACAUAGUCCUCGGGGCAUGUGUAGCCAACACCAUGUAGUUACUCUGGGAAGCACUUCAAAUGGGAGAUACCUUGAUGCCAUGGAAUGGACGUUGAGAGCAUGUGGUGAUGAUUUCUAUCUUGGAAAUAUUUUUGAGUUGGAUAAUUUGAGGCUUCUUGUUAUUUAUUCUAAAGGGCACAUGCACAACCAACUUCCUUCUUCAGUUAAUCUCUUUUGGAGCCUUCACACAUUAGUUGUUUAUCAACAUUAUAACAUGGAUGUUCAUGCACCUGUUGAAAUUUGGAACAUGCCUCAACUUAGGCAUGUUCACUUCAAUGGCUUUAGCUGGGGAGGAGAUUAUAGAGGAGCUUUGUGUCUCCCAAAUCCUCCGAGUGACAGCAGUGUCAUCAUGGAGAAUCUACAAACGCUCAAAGGAGUAAAGAAUUUCAAGUGUGAUGAAAUGAUGGUUCGUAGAGUCCCCAAUAUCAAGAAAUUGGGACUCAUUUUUGACCAAGAUGGAGUAAUUGAGUCUCUUGAUAACAUCGACCGUUUGCAAAAGCUGGAAUCUCUUAGCUGCACUCUGAAGAUCUUUAUUCCGGGGAAGGGUUAUUUUUGUUUCCGUAAGCUUACCUUUCCACACUCUCUUAAGAAGGUAACUCUUGACAUGUGUAACGGUAAAAUGGAAGAGAUAUUGGAAAAGCUAAGUACAUUACCAUUUCUUCAAAGGCUCAAGUUGUUCAAUGGAAGGUUUGGAACACACAAAUGGGAAACAGUUGAAGGCCAGUUCCAGAGUCUCAAAAUUUUGUCACUUGCUCAUUGUUCCGAUUUGGAAUAUUGGGCGAUGGAAAGCUCUCACUUCCCAAGUCUUGAGCACCUUCAUCUUCGCUCGACAGAUUUGAAUGAGAUCCCUGCAGAACUUGGUGAAAUUCCAACACUGAAAUCCGUGGCCUUGGAAUAUUGCAGCGCAUCAGCGGUGAAGAGUGCAAGGAGAAUGAUAGAGGAACAAGAGGAUUUACAAGGAGAUGAACUAUCAUUUAAAGUUGUGGUUAGGCUCAGGGAGAUGAACGAAGAGCUACAUGGCCUGGCAAAUCCCAACUUUCAAGUUACUGUACGCAGAAACUGA